AAAUACUUUUUUAAGAUCAUGCUUUUUUCGUAUGCAUUUAUAAGUCACAUAAAUAAACAAGGCUUAACAGUAAAUUAAAGCAAACAUUUCAUUAUACAUAUAUAAUGCUCAUAUCGACAUCAGUGACUACAUAGUGAACUCAUAUGAGAACUUUCGGGGUUAAGAGCUGCACAAACCACAGAGGAGUUAAUUAACCUAAAUAAGCCUACAAUAAACUGUUUUUACAGGCCUAUCUAUAAAAGGUUACUGGUUAUCCAGGGACAGUAUCAGUGUGUUAUCUCAGCGUUUGCACCACAAGGCUGCAUAUCAGCCACACUGAACUUGAACUUGUGCUCUCCGGUCGGCGCGGCCAUGGCGGACAAAGGACCCGAAAGCGUGAAAAUGAAACGGGAAAUUGGGUUGAUUGGAGGCGUGUCACUGAUUUCGGGAACAAUGAUCGGAUCCGGUAUAUUCAUGUCCCCACAGUUUGUCCUGGCCUACGUUGGAAGUCCUGGAGCAAGUCUGUUGAUCUGGGCGGUUUCAGGAGUUGUAGCUAUGUUCGCAGCGCUCUCCUACACUGAGCUCGGCACAAUCAUCCCUGAAUCUGGUGGGGAGUUCAUCUACAUACUGAGGAUCUACGGGUCAUGUCCGGCUUUCUUUGCGGCAGUCACUUUUGUCUUGGUUGUGAAGCCGUUUGGCAUCGCGGCCAUGUCGAUUAGCAUCGCAGAAUAUGCCGUAGCACCUUUCUACGUGGGCUGCCCUCCUCCACAGCUGGUGGUGAAGUGUAUUGCUGCUGCGGCCAUUUUGGUUGUUGCCACAAUAAAUAUCCUGAACGUGCGCAUUGCUCUAAGAAUCCAGGUGGUCUUCUUGGUGGCCAAACUGGUGGCACUGACAUGCAUAGUAAUAGGAGGGAUAGUGGCGCUCACACAGAGCAGCACUGUCAUUGCAGAAAAUCUGAAAGUAGAGAAUGCAUUCAAAGGGACUCAGUAUUCUUUGGGCACUCUAGGAAUGGCUUUUUAUCAAGGACUCUGGUCUUAUGCUGGCUGGUACAACUUGAACUAUGUCACUGAGGAGCUGAAAAGACCAGAGGUGAGACUAACACACUGGAAUGUGCAUCUGUGCUAAAGUGAGUAAAUCAUUUUUAGACAGGAGGCGAGUUGAUUAAAGAGAGUUCGCUCAAGACUUUUGGAAAGAAAGUGACAAAGAGAGUCGUUGUUUACUUCAGACAGGUUGAGGGUGGGUUUCUUCAGGAGAGGGUUACCUCUUGACAGGGAAGGGUUGAUAAGUUGUGUGAGAAAAGGAAGAAGAUU